AUGGCCGCGAAGACGAAGGCACAGGAGAUCAUCGACAACAAUGCAGUCGCUGUCUUCUCCAAGUCCUACUGCCCAUAUUGCAAGUCCACCAAGUCGCUGCUGAGCGAGAUGGGCGUCAAGCCGUACAUCAUCGAGCUCGACCAAGUCGAUGACGGCGCCGCGAUCCAAGACGCUCUCGAGGAGAUCACCCACCAACGCUCCGUACCGAACAUCUUCAUCGACCACAAGCACAUUGGCGGCAACAGCGAGUUGCAGUCGAAGAAGGGCCAGCUGCCGCAGCUGUUGAAGGAUGCUCAUGCCAUCUGA